AUGGAUAAAACAGAAUUAGAUCUAGAUUUAGAUCUAGACCUACCCAUAAGGAAGAUUUUGACAUUUUUAGCUAAAUAUGAAAACAUACAUAAUUUUCCGCUGACAGAUGUUUUCAAGAAUGGAUGUUUGAAAAAAAUGCCAACUGAGUGGGCUGAUCAGUUACUACAACUCACUACAGAGGAACUCAAUAAUCUCCCUUUUCUUGGAACUGACUCUUCAGUUAGGCAUCCACUAUUUCCACCUACCCUCCACAAGUUUCUUCACAAAGCUACAGCGCUUUCACUUAACCAGAGCCAAGUGAAGCAAAUCACUCCACUCAUCCUUGACACUAACAUGGCAAGGGGGAUGAACCCAAAGAAAGUCCAUGAAGUAUCAAUAAUGGCCCCUUUCAUUCAUGAGGUCAUGAAGCAAACAAAAUGUAAUUUAAUUCUGGAUGUUGGUUCUGGUCUUGGCUAUCUUGAUCAUGUCUUACACCAAGUUUAUGGUCACAGAGUUGUGGGCCUUGAGAUCUCAGACAGUCAUAUUUCAUCUGCUGAGACUAGAGCCUUAAACCAAGGGAUAAAUUGUGAAGGUAUUCAUAGCGUCAAGUUUAAACUGACCAAUGAUGCUGAGUGCUUGGGUCAGCUGGAGGAGAUGAUCAACAAGAUGAGUUCAAUGGUGAAUAACAAGUGUCCGCACCAAGGUCAGGGUCAGCCAGUGUUACAAGACUCUACAGAAGAGAUGACCUCCCCUGCUGUGUGUUUAAUUGGCCUACAUUGCUGUGGUGACCUUUCAACUUCCUUGCUCACUAUCUACACAUCUCUAAAGUGUGUCAAAGCUGUGUGCUGUGUUUGUUGUUGUUAUCAUAAGAUGGCCUACAAGAAUGGUCAGUUUGUACAUUUCCCCAUCAGUCAGUUAGUGCGCAGUGUUUAUACGGAGACAAGACAAGACUAUCCAGCCUGGCAGAUUUCACCUUACACUCUCAGAGUUGGCGCACAGCAAACCAGGUGUAGCUGGAAGAACCAGACUGUAGAGCAGCAUAGCGCCCACACAAGGCAUGUGGCAUACAGAGGUUUACUCGAGUUGACAGAUAUGUGUGACCCUACUGUUGUAAGAAAGAAAAUAAGAAAAUGUGACUUUUCUUCAUUUUCUACGUUUUUGGAUUCCUACUUCUCACCUGAAGCUGAUAAAGCGGAGAGGUUGAAGUUAAUGGAACUUUAUGAAAACCACAGCAAGCAAAUCGACAUGAUUGAAAUAUUUACGUGUCUGCAGGUUGUCCUCCAGCCUGUGAUAGAGACCCUGGUCUACCUGGACAGAGUCCAGUGGCUGGUCGAGCAGGGACACCCCCAUAUCACUGUGUCUCCCAUAUUUGAUGAUGCUCUAUCCCCAAGGAACUUGAUGAUCAAAGCCCUCAAACUAAGUUGAUGCUAGCAACAGCUACAAACUCACCCCAACUUAAACAACUUUAGCUGUCGCUGUCUAUACACCAAGGACCUUGAUAAAUUGUGAGCGUUAU